UUUAUAUACCUCAGCUACGAAUUCGACCGCCUCGACGGGUUGGUUGCGGUGUGGAGGGAUGAAUGUUCUGAAAUGGGUAAACAGCUUGAUAGUCUGCCAGAUCUGAUUACAUUCGGUGUUGCUCCAGUUAUAAUGCUGUACUCUGUUGGAUUUCGCACGCCGGUAGAUCAGACUGUGUUGAUAUUCUAUGUACUCUGCGGUGUCGCUCGGUUAGCAAGAUUCAACAUCACGGCAGACACGAUACCGAAGAACGAGCAUGGCAGGGCACUUUACUACGAAGGCAUAACUAUCUCAUAUGCAGCACUGGUAAUAUCAACUGCGGUGGCUGUCUAUUGUUGGAUUGGUAGGACAUCAGAGGAUUAUGUUCUGAUGGUUUUAUUCAUAGGCACUUGGAGCGAAUUCCAUCCAGCCAUAAUUCCUGUAAUCGCGAUUGGUGCCGCGAUGGUAAGCAAGAGGCUAAAGUUGCCGGGAGUUUGA